AUAAAGGGCCCGCGGAGGGAUGCGCUAGGAUCCGCAGCAGCGAGGAAGCGCCGAGCGCCGCCGGGGGAGCUGAGCGCGAGGCCCGCCCGCCGCUGUCGCACGGACAUCCGCGUCUUCCGCGCUCCUCCCCCCGGAAAAAUAAUCCCAAUCCCCUCCUCCCUCCCUCCCUCCUCCCUCCCCCGCAGCGGCCGAGCCCAGGGCCCCGCGCGCCCCUUCUCCGCGCACCGCCCGCGCGCACCCGCGCACACACCGCACACUCUCUCUCACACACGCACACACGCACACAAUGGCGCUGAAGAGAAUCCACAAGUGUUCCAUUGGCAAGCUACAAUAAUGGGACCAAAUGACAGUCCCUAUCAGGGUGGGGUAUUUUUCUUGACAAUUCACUUCCCAACAGAUUACCCCUUCAAACCGCCCAAGGUUGCAUUUACAACAAGAAUCUAUCAUCCAAAUAUUAACAGUAAUGGCAGCAUUUGUCUUGAUAUUCUACGGUCACAGUGGUCUCCAGCACUAACUAUUUCAAAAGUACUUUUGUCCAUCUGUUCUCUGUUGUGUGAUCCCAAUCCAGAUGAUCCUUUAGUGCCUGAGAUUGCACGGAUCUACAAAACAGAUAGAGAAAAGUACAACAGAAUAGCUCGGGAAUGGACUCAGAAGUAUGCGAUGUAAUUAAAGAAAUUAUUGGAUAACCUCUACAAAUAAAGAUAGGGGAACUCUGAAAGAGAGAAAGUCCUUUUGAUUUCCAUUUGACUGCUUUCUAUGAGCCCACGCCUCAUCUUCCCCUGUGCACAUGUUUACCUGAUACAGCAGUGCUGCGUGUUGUACAUACUUGGAACAACAAAAUAGAAAUACUGUAUUCCCCGUACCAACAUUGACUCCUAGCAAAGAAGUGUGUGUGUGAAAAGCCAGUUCUUCAAUCAUAACUUAGUUGUGAGCCUAAAAGCAUUCCUUUUUAUUGCUCAGUUUAAAUCAGUGCGUCAGUGGGGAGGACUGGUGGAUUUCAUGUACUCCUAGGGGUAGUUUCACUUCCCCGUGGCAGGAUUUUUUUUAUUUUUUUAAGUGGAAUCCUUUUAAACUCAUAACAGUUAUGAAAAGCAAGGUGAAGAACUUGAAGCUGUUUCUGUAUUCAUUUUAUUCUGAAGGACCUACAUCUUAGGUAAAUGCUAUGACCAACAAGAUUAAACUGUACCCACAUCCUGUGUUUAAGGUCUAAGUUUAACUGGUCAACAUUUAAAUGGAUUGGAGCUAUUAGUGCAUCAAGUGGAUGUUGAUUUGUUUCAACUCUUCUCUUCCCUUCCUCAUACUUUUUUGGUUUGUAUGUGGUUUCUCAGUUAAUACAUAGCUAAUAGCUCUUUAUUUUUUUUCUUAAGUUUUUUUAACUGCUUAGGUCUUUCUGGAUGUAAGGGUAAAAAUUCAUUUGACAGAAAACUUGUGUAUAUUUAAAGACCCAACUGCUCCCCUGGAGCUUGUACGUUAAAAAAUGAUUAAUCUGUGUAAUAAACUGAUUACUACAGUCAUUACAUAUAACUUUGUGUGAAUAGGCUUUUAAUUUUAAGAACUCUUUGUUACAGGCUAAAGCUAAUGGUGGAUUGUCCCUUAAACUUCUGCGUGCAUGAACAGUUGCAUUUCAGAAUCACGAAGCAGUUUGGUUCAUAUCUCAAAAGGCUAUGCAUCUGAACAAGAUAAAAUAUAAGCUUAAAGCACUUACGUGAAAUCAGGAUGUGUAGUGUGCCAGGAACUUGACUGUUAAAACCAAAUAAGCAGUUUACUUUAAUGAGAAUCUGAGCAACAUUUUACCAAGCCUGAUGGUAUUAUUCCCACUUGCAUGGGAUUUAACACAAUGCAUAUGUACUGUAGGUAAGUGAAACCUUACUUAUGUAACUAAAGUAAUGGAUGUAAAAGGGUAAAAUUACCAAACACACAUCAGCACAAACUUUCAUAAACUUCUCAUGAAAUGUAGCUUUUACAUGAUUACUUUGCACUAAACAUUUGCAAAUGUUCAUACUGUUUUAAAUUGUACUUGUAUGUGUCUUUUGAACAGUCUUCACUUGAAUCUCUAGUGAAAAUGUUGUUUGAAAAUUUUCUUUGUAAACAAGUGUAUUUUGCCCACACCAUUCAUGUGAAGUAGGUGAGUCUGCAGGUUUAUCUCCUUUAGUAUGAUUGUAAAGAGAGCCAUCAACAAUGAAGGAGAGGCUGUAGCCUCCAGCCACAGGGAUCUGUCCCAUCCAUUUUCAUAUUCAUCUUUACACUCUUGCACAAAUGAGGAAUAAAUGUCCACUGCUUUUAGUCUAAAUUUGUUCCACUUGUUUCAUCUCUCAAAUGUUCUUAUUUAUGCAUUUCUUAAUAUAAAUCUCAGCAAACUUCUGAGGUUUUCUGCAUAGCAAGUAAAAAUUGCAUAUACAAACAGGUCUUGGUAACCAGCACAUACAUUGCUGUUUAAACUUGGCAGACUUGCUUUUCUUAUAACUACCAUGUAGGGAGGAAGCAGUGUGUUCUGCUGAAAGUGGCCCUGAAACAGUGGAGCAGAGUUUCACUUGCAAAGAACUGUAUGACAAUAUCUUGGACAGGUGACAAUGAUAGAAUACCAAAAACAUUUUGGAAAAAGUACGUGUGAUUAUGCAAAGUUACUAUUGUGCUGAAAUAUCAAACGAGAACUAUAUAAUUACAUAAUUGCCCAACUGUUUAUGGGACAGCAUUACUGACUCAAACCAGGCAGUAGGCCAGUGAAUUCAUUCCUCAGAUUCACCUACCAACUGAAGUGUGGCUUGUUUACUCUUAUCAUUAAGACACUGCCACAUACAACUGGAAACAAAUAACUUAUGCUUCAGUGGUGAGUUUUACGUACAGGAGGCCAGAAAGCUAUAGAAAUCUAACUCCAAACUUGUCCUGGUCUGUGGGAAUGUCUAACAAGCCUGACCAA